AUGGCUUCAGUGCUUCCGAUCCUCGCUGUGCUGCUCCUGUUUGCUGCCUCGAUGUUAUCUGAAGAGACUCCUCCAGACGUCGUGAAGGAAUCAAAGCAUUUAGAAUGCAUUCCGUUCUUCAUUGGUUGUGCUCAUUUCAAUCGGUUUUGCAAGUUUGGUUACUGUGUUGCUAAGCAGACUGUUGGUGGCAGCUGUGACUUCAAGACGCCAUGCCGCAUUGACUUAGCCUGUGUCAACAGUCGAUGCAAGCGCAUCCGCAAGAAGAAUAAGAAGACGAUUACGACCACGACACAACCUACGACCUCAACUACAACACCACUGACCACGACCCCAAGUACAACGACAUCUACAACUACAACCACUACGACCACCAUGACCACCUCCUCAGUGGAUGGCCAAUGGCCCGGGAGAUGA